CAGGCCGAUGACGUCACCGGCAGCAGGGUUGCAGAGUCACCGCCGGGUGUUGUGCGCAAACAAGGAGUCUCGGUGCGCAGCGCUCGCCUCACGGCCGCCAGAAGGAACUUGGACAGAGAGAGGGAACGGGCCUUCAUGAUCUCGGCUACAGUCCUGGCCUUCACAUCUGCCUGCGAGAGUCAGUGAUGGAGUCAGAAGUCAAAGACGGAGAUGAGGACAACCUUCAGAGCGCCUUCAAAAAGCUGCGUGUUGAUUCGGAAGCAUGUGCAGGAUCAUUGUGUGGCGCCGACAGCUCUAAUUCAAGACCAUGUGGGAGAGCGGCCCUUGAGGAUGCCAAACCAAAAGUGUUGGGUUCUCUAAAGGACAGCUGGCAUGGAUCAUCAAGAAAAACCACACGAGGAGCUGGAAGAACACCACGAAGACGACGCUCUAAAUCCCCAGUUCUUCACCCCCCAAAGUUUACACACUGCAGCACAAAGACAACAUGCAGCUCCCUGCUAAAGCACAAGAGCCAUUGCGAUGCCGCGGAAGGAGGGGCCACAGCCGUCAGCGACCCCUCCAUCACUACCGCCAUUGGAUACAAGAGAUUUGGCCUUGAACCUUCAGGGGUGUCUGCAUCAGAGACUACAUCCCAAAUGGGCAAGACAGAUUCUUCUAUUCCUCUGGAGCCCAGUGGAAAAACAAAGACCAGCCUCCCUUCAGAUUUCCACUCUGUCUCUAAGCUUGGCACGGCCGCGAAAUGUACUUGCAACGGUAGCGAUUGCCAGUGUGACAACUGGCAAAACAUGGAAGUGUAUUCUUUUUCUGGCUUGCGGGACAUGCUUACAGAAUGCGAGAAGACGGUGAAGGAGGACUACUCUCAGUCUUUACAAAACAGAACUCAAACGGCAGGCAACAGCUCCUCCGGAUCUCCGCGCUCCUGCUCGGAACAGGCCAGAGCGUCGGUUGAUGAUGUCACCAUCGAAGACCUGGCCGGAUACAUGGAAUACUACCUGUAUAUUCCAAAGAAGAUGUCGCACAUGGCCGAGAUGAUGUACACCUGACGUCGGACCUUGAGGCAUGGGUAAAAAGUAACCGCAUGUAGAUCAUCCCUGAACGGUCUUAUCUCUGACCCCGUCAUCCGCCACCUGCCACCAUUUUGUGGAAAGUAAACGCCAUCAUUGCAUUAUGCACAUGUUUUGAUGAAGUCUUAAAGCCCCAAUAAAAUUACCAGCAAUCAUGCCGCCUAAGUGAUAUGAGUGAUAGCUGUGUUGUGAUGCCACCUACCAUGUCAUUGGUAGCUAUAGCCCUGAGCCCCAGCAUGGAGGCAGCCGUCUUCUAAGGAGGGGGGGAGGGGUAUUUCCAGCACAAAUUCUGAAAUUCAUAAAAUAGGGUCGGGAGGAAUCAUUUUUUUGUUUCAUGCAGUAUCUCGGGAAAUCCUUCUGUUCAUUGCAGUGUUAUAUGAAUGUUGGUCCUGGUAGGUAACCAUUUUGUGUGUCUAACAAUACAGGAAGUAGACUGGAUUGUGAAGUGAGAACAGCUUCUGUUUAAAGCAAGGUAGAGCAUUGCCCCCAUUGCAGUGAUCCUUUAAGCAGAUGUGUUGAAAUGUUCUUGAGCUUGAAGCUAAGGCUCAGUAGAUUAAUGUUGGAUAAUAAAACAUGCAUUGAAAUGAC